AUGGGUAUCGAAAAAAGAGGUGCAGAAAUGCCCGUUUUCGGUUGGGUGCUGUGGAUGCACGGCGACAUUCCGGUCGAACGCGGCUCGCGGGGCAGCGCCAAACAGAUGCUCGAACGCUGCCGGCAGCGGUUGUCGCGCGGAACGUCGGUGAUCGUCUUCCCGGAAGGGACGCGCACCAAGACGGGAGAGAUCGGACGGUUCAAAGACGGGGCUUUCUUGGUGGCCAAGCAUGCCGGCGUGGGCAUCCAACCGGUCGUGAUCGACGGCACGUGGAGCCUGAACGACGGCUGGCGGCUGCGGAUGCCGCAUACGUUCCGGGUAAAGGUGCUCGACGCGCUGCCUGCGGAAUACGUAGCGUCGAAGGAAGCCCGCGAACUGGCCGUCGAAAUGGAAAACCGGAUGCGGACGGCGCACCUGCAAAUGACCGGAAAACAACAUAAACGAAAAAUAAAAGAGAUAGGAGCACGAGAAUCGACUAUGGGUAUGGUUGCAGAUUACGGGGACGAACACAUCCGGACACUGGAUUGGAAAGAGCACAUCCGGCGGCGGCCGGAGGUGCUGGACAACUCCGUAGACGAAUACAUGAUGGGCUUCGGCAAGAGCAUCGACAUCACGAUCGCGGACGACAAGACCGUCACCGUACGCGACUACGGACGCGGCGUGCCGCUCGGCAAACUGGUGGACGUGGCGUCGAAGAUGAACACCGGCGCGAAAUACGACUCGAAAGCGUUUAAAAAAUCGGUCGGACUGAACGGCGUCGGCAUCAAGGCGGUCAACGCGCUGUCGGACGCUUUCCUGAUCCGCAGCGUGCGCGACGGCGAAGCCCGCAGCGUGCGGUUCGAGAAGGGGAACGAAAUCGCGGACGUGUCCGAAAGCGGCGUCGGCGAAAAGAACGGGACGAUGGUGUCGUUCCAUGCCGACGAAAGCGUUUUCGGCAGCUACGACUUUCACAUGGAAUACGUGGAGUCGAUGGGUCAACGGGCAGCGUUCGUCUCGAAAAACGGGCUGCUCGACCUGCUGCAGGAAAACCUCGGCGAAGAGCCGCUCUACCCGCCCGUUCACCUCUGCGGAGAGGACAUCGAAGUGGUCAUCACGCACGGGCACGGCUACGGCGAAACCUACUACUCGUUCGUCAACGGUCAGCAUACGACGCAGGGCGGAACGCAUCAGACCGCUUUCCGCGAAGGGAUCGCCAAGACGAUCAAGGAAUUUUACAAAAAGGACUACGAUGCGGCAGACGUCCGCACGUCGGUGAUCGCGGCGAUCAGCGUCAAAGUCGAGGAGCCGAUGUUCGAAUCGCAGACCAAAACGAAACUCGGUUCGAAAGAGAUGGGCCCGAACGGGCCUACGGAAAACGAAAAAGAGCGCAAGGCGAUCUCGGGCAUUCAGAAAAAGGCCCGAGAGAUGGCCAAAAAAGUGAGCCUGAACAACAAGAAACUGCGCGACUGCCGCAUCCACCUGACCGACAAGAACGACCGCGCCGAAGAGUCGAUGAUCUUCAUCACCGAGGGUAAUUCGGCCAGCGGCUCGAUCACCAAAUCGCGCGACGCGGCGCUGAACAUCGAGGAGGACAUGGACAACCUGCGCUACAACAAGAUCGUCGUGGCGACCGAUGCCGACGUCGACGGGAUGCACAUCCGUUUGCUGCUGAUGACUUUCUUCCUACAGUUCUUUCCGGAAGUGAUCCGUUCGGGACACCUGUACAUUUUGCAGACGCCGCUGUUCCGCGUCCGCAACCGACGGGAAACGCGCUACUGUUACAGCGAGGAAGAGCGGCAACGGGCGGUCGACCAACUGGGCCCGAACCCCGAAAUCACGCGAUUCAAAGGAUUGGGCGAAAUCUCGGCCGACGAGUUCAAAGAGUUCAUCGGCGAAAACAUGCGGCUCGACAAAGUGCGGCUGACCAAGGAAGACCCGGUCGCCGAUCUGCUCGAAUUCUACAUGGGCAAGAACAGCAUGGAACGCCAGGGCUUCAUCAUCGGCAACCUGCGGAUCGAGGCCGAUUACGUGGACAACCUGAUUUAA